AUGGACUCGCUAUCGGGAAUUGAGAAGUUUCAUUAUCAUCGUAGUAGACUUGAGUAUCAUUCGUGUUUUUAUGUCGCUGUAAAACUCAACCAGGCACCUGAUAAUGCGUCUCUGAGAUCGGCAUUGGAAGUUACGAUCUCAAAAUUUCCUCUGCUUUAUUCUAAUGCGUUUACAAACGGUGGGAAUGUGACGUUGAUACCCCUAAAAAAUACCAUUAUGCUGCAAGACGUGCUCAAACCCGUCGAUUUCAAUUCAUUGGAUGAGUCGUUCAACAAUUACGUAUUCAACAAUGUGGCAUUUGAUUACGAAGUUGACAAGCCUUUAUGGAAAAUCCUAGUACUAAAAGAUCGGCGCACCCUUGUGCUCUGCACCGAUCAUUUGAUCAUGGAUGGAAUGUCGACCGUGGCAUUUUGGAAAUCCGUAAUUGCGGGUUUGAACAACUCCGACCUUUUAGGAGCACCGGAUAGUGGCCCGGUCUUCACUCCUAAAGCAGGCUUAUGCAAAGUACAGCAACAUCCGUAUGAUCAAGUUCCAUUUUCGGUGUUGGGCCUGCUAUUAUGGGUAUUUGUUCGUCUGAUGGUUCUGUUGGACUUUGCCAACCUGGGCCUUAUUGAAAAAGUGUUUAUCCCGCACUUGGCCAGCAAGGACCUCAAAUUCAAAAACUACCGAUUUCCACAGGGACUGCUGGAUAGUGCAGGAGGUAUUCGCAAUGAUAACUGCCAACUCAAUCUCCACAUUUCAAGCCCAAAAAUGCGGCUUCUUCUCAAAAACUGCAAAUUGCACAAAGUUUCCUUUACCUCAUUGCUCUCAGCGGUUGCUGCGCAUGCUCUUCAAAGCAUAAGCUCCACGCAGGUCGAAGGAUCAUGCAUAAAAAUCAGUGUACCUAUGAACGCCAGAGGAGAUGUUCAAAAAAUACUAGAAGGAACUCCGAAUUCGUCAGAGUUCGGAAAUUUCAUUAAAAGCGGAGAGUUUUCUCGAGACCUAUCAAAACUGACUGAGCUAUGGGGGACUGCUAAAUCCCUGGAUGAAGAAAUGGCAUCUCAAAGAUAUUCCAAUCUUUCGAUCCAAAUGACCAAGCUUUUGAACUUGAUCGAUGUUGAGAACUUUGUGCAAGGGAAAGUUAAUGCUCCUUAUCCAGGAUCCACUUUUGAGAUCACCAAUCUUGGAUACCAAACAUUUGAUUGCGGUGCAGACGACAAGUAUUUUGUUGAAGAUGCGUUUUUUAACGAGCCUCAGGGUAUUAAUGACGUUUUCACUUUCGCAGUUGUCAGUACCCCGGUUGGUGGACUCAAUUGCUGGCUCAGUUACCCAAAAGAACUCCAAACUGACUUACAACCCGCAAUUGCAUACAUGCAAAAGAUAUUGGAUGGUCUGAGCAGUGAAACUUAG